UUUUUUUUUCCUUUUCCGCUCCAUUAGCGAUCCGUCGAUUUCAUUUCAAAGUUUAUAGAAAAGAAAAAAAAUUAUGCCAUUUGGUUGGGGAGCCAAAUUCUGUAAGCAGUGGGCCAGAAUAUCUCUAUGGUCCUUUUUUUCAGAUAUUCAAGUGAAAGAUAUCGAAAAUGCUGAUUGCAGCCAUGGGCCGAUUAUUUUCGCGGCUACACACCAUAAUAUGCUGAUGGAUCCUGCAGUGCUGAACAAAGCCUGCACGGGUCUCACGCAUUGGUGGGCUAAGAAGGAAGUGUUUAUUGAAAACAAAUAUUGGCUCAAGUUCCUCUACAGCAGUGGUUUAGUGCCUGUAGACAGGAAGGCCAAAGAUCACACGUCGCUUUAUAAAGAAACGUUUGAUGUGUUGGAAUUGAACGAAUCACUCGUUAUCUUUCCAGAAGGGACAAGUCAUACACUACCCAGCUUGGGAAAAUUGAAAGAUGGAGCUAGCUUUGUUGCUUUGGAAUACAAUAAAGCUUUGAAAGACUAUCCGAGUGAUAAGUUAAAUCAACAUGGCCAACGACCCAAGCCAGCGUCGAUUGUUCCAGUAGGCAUUGUCUAUACAGACAAGUCGAAAUACCGUAGUCAAGUCAUCGUGAGGUUCGGCCAAACCAUCCAUGUCAAUGAUUAUCUAUCCGACUAUGAAAAAGACCCAAAAACAACCGCCAAAAGAGUCACCCGGAGAAUCGAAGACUCACUUAUUUCACUUACCAUUAAUGCGCCUGACUGGACGAUUGGCAAAGGGGCUAGGAUGGCGAGAGAGCUGCUCUUUCCUGGUGAAUAUGGUCUCAUGCAUGAUUUUGUGCCAGUGACACAGAGUCUUAUUAGAAUCCUUAAAGAGAAACCAGAGUUGGCACAAGCAUGCUAUGCCUACAGAGAGGACCUGAAUCGCUUGUCGCUGAGAGAUACAGAUAUGAUGGACUUGACACCUACCGACGCUUCCUCUUCUCCAGCAACAGCCCACAUGAACGUGAACGUAAAUCAUCGUUACGUCCUAAAAGAUUUUUUCAUGAAAACACACACUCUCCUCUUUGACUUACCGAUACUCCUACCGGCCUUCGUGAUCCAUUUCCCUCUUUACGUUAUGGCUCGCCAUUAUACCAAAGUCCAACCUUACGAAGAAGUGCUUGCGCAAGAAAAGAUUUUCUAUGCUUCCCUCAGCGUGAUGGUCAUCUAUAGCAGUUUGUUCCUGUUCAGUUGGUACUAUGUUUACCAUCUCACAUUGUAUGGCAUGCUUUUUACAGGGUUGACACUAGCCAUCCUGUUCUGGAUGCAUACAGAGUUUAUUGAUUCAAAGUACGAGGCAUUCAAGCAGUGGAAGGGGGCUGCAAUACUGUUGGAUGCAUUUGUGUUGAAACGCGACGGUGGACGUCGUCAGCAAGCGAUCAUGGCGUUGGUCAAUAGAAGAGAACAACUGCAAAAAGAGCUGCUGGAUGUGGUAUGGGCAGCAGCAGCCACAACAGAUCCUGUUUCAAGUAGCAGCAGUGCUCCUAGCAUGGUGGAGGAACAUCCAACUUCUUUUAUGCAAGCUGUUCGAAGAGUCCAAAAAGCACUUUACACGCGCCAUUCGUUUUAGCUUUUUUUGAAUAGAAAAUAAACCCACACAUUGAAUUCGGUUGAGCCGCCCCUUUUAUUGUCAUUUCUUUAUACAGUAUUUUAGGUUACAAGAUUGAUUUCGCCAUGAGAUGGGAAAGGAUCGUCCUGUGUCAUUAACGCUCCAUUGUUACCCAUGCUUGUAGCUGUAGUCCCUUAGCAUGUGGCACUCAGCUGCAGUAGUUUGCGAUAUAUCAAAUACCUGCCUUUUGAUGAAUAC